GCAACACAAUCUCUCCACCGUCAUGUAUAGUCCUGUCGUUCCCUAGAAGCUACAGGAGCUUAUGAUUUAUCUGCACUGACAGGAACACGUCUUCUGCACCUCAACCCCCAGCAGCGUAAGGAACGCAAGUUCCAAAGAAACACUUGGCUAUGCACCCUUGCUGCGAGCACCUAGUUAGCAUGGCAAUCAACCAUAUCUCAUGCGACGUUAAAUGCGGAGUAUUCCUGCACUGGGAGAAGGAUGACUCUCCAAAGUCUCGUCAUUGUCACCAACACACGUCGCGAGCUUACCUUGAAGGGCACCCCUGACAGAAUUCAAUCGCUCAAGUCUGAUUUGGAAAGGGAUGAUGAACCUCCGUGGCUACCCGAUAAAUUUAAGUUGUACUAGUCGACGUUCAUAUAUUUUGGCUAGCUUCGCCUGUGCUAUCCUGCAGUCGGGCGAGGCCGCGCGAUAAGUCGCGUCGCAUUGUAUCUCGAGUGGAGUAGGUCGUUAGGAGGAUUGCAUUCCCUUAACAAUUACAACAACAACAAGAAUUCACCUUUCCUCCGACGGUUGCUUGUUCUCAGUCCGCAUGCCCAAUAUCGUACCAAAAGAGGCCUGUGGUUUUCAGCUUUACUAUACAUGCUCUACGUCUCACUUCGUCGUGGUCUGAACAACGUUCUGCUCACACAUCUACGCGAACCCCCAUCUUAUAGGCUUCCAAUCCACACUCAAUUCUCACCACCAUAUGUAUCAGACAAAUGGCGCCAAAUACUUCGACGAGUCAAGGAUUUCUGCGCGCCUCAUCGUCGAGCCUAAUCAAGGUGUUGGUUAUUACCCUCUUCGUCUAGGACAGCAACUGGAUGGCAGCAAGCUGGAGAUCACCAGAAAACUUCGAUGGGGAAGCUACUUCAGCACUCUGCUGGCGCGUUCAUUAUGCAGGAACGGUUUGGGUCCCACUCUCCUCGAUGAAGACACGUAUCCUUCACCGUACGCUGCUGUCAACAUAGUCACGGCCAAUGCCUCGUCGGGCGCCGUGAAUGCAUCGCUUGCAGAGAUGGAUGCUCUAAGGGCCAUCAAGAUUACGAAUCCUAGUCACCCAUGUUGGAAACAUUACCAUUGUCUCCACCGUUUCUUCAUUGUGAAGGGUAGUCAUUGACCUCACAUGUGCCUCUUCACGGGAACACGGCGCGUUUUCGAUUAAGUUUAUUAAACGUAUCACCAAAUAGACCCUCCUUGCUUUGGGAAAGAACAUUCAUUCUCUACUAUCAAGAACCACCCAUCAGCGGCUUACGGCACUCGCAUUGAACGGGAAUUAUCGCCUCAUACCAUCAUAACAGUCAAGUCCCAGCUGCUUCCAAACACCUCUUAUUUGAUUCGAGUGACCUCUAUACCUAUACCUGCUUCGUCGACUAUGGUCAUGAUGAGUUGGAUUAGUGUCAUCACGACGGCGUGAUUUUGUUAUAGCAUCUGUACAAGGGGCUCAACCCAUCCUGCUUCACGCCCAUAAGGUCACACUUGGGUAUACGUGGUCCGCACCGCGAUAGACAUACGGUCGAUGAGAUGUCUAGUGAAAUCUUAUCUUGCUUAUUCUUUGAGCAUCUGUCGAGUAGUUCCGGCUAGGUUUUCCUGCAUCUAGUCGGCGUCGCUCCGUUUCAAAUCUACGAAACGCCUUCUGUG